AUGAGCCGCCACCUUUGCUCGCCGGUGCCCCCGCUGGAAAACGAUGACAUCCUGGAGGAGAUCCUCCUCCGCCUACCCCCGCAGCCUUCCUCCCUCCCCCGAGCCUCCCUCGUAAGCAAGAGCUGGCGAAGCAUCAUCUCCGACCCUCAAUUCCUCGGCCGCUUCCGCAAGCACCACCAGAAACAGCCUUUGCUCGGCUUCUUCUCAGGGCAUGUUAGCAAAACACCCAUCUUCACUCCGGCCCUUGACUCGCCUGACCGCAUCCCUGCCGCCCGCUUCCCCGUGCCGCACGGUCGUGCCCCCCAUGAGCACUGGCGCUUCAUGGGAUGCCGCCACGGCCUCGCCGUCCUGAUCAAUGACUAUCAGCGCGAGGUCAUCGUGUGGGAUCCUCUCACCGGGCGGCAGCGCCGCGUGCCUUUUCCGCUAGGCUCCCACAACAACGAAAGGGGGAGUGUGUGGCAUUGGCACGCCACGGUGUUGUGCGCUGACACCAAAUAUGGGCAUGUGCACGGUGAUUGCUUCUCGAGCCCGUUUAAAUUGGUGUUGGUGUGCAAUGGAUACAAGCAAUCGUCCAAGCAAUCGUUCGCUUGCCUCUAUGAAUCGGUGUCUGGUGUAUGGGGAAAUAUUGUCUCAACGGUGACCACUUAUGAGAUUCAUCCAAUAUGUCCCAACAUCCUUGUCGGGAAUUUGCUUUACUGGUCGCUUUGGGCAGGUGAUAGCCUCGUGUUUGAUACUAAAAAACGAACCCUUGGUGUGAUCCAGAAACCGGCAGACGCUCGUAUUACCGGCUUCCGGUCCUUUCAGCUCUUGCGGACAAGUGAUGAUAGUGGCCUUGGCCUUGCAGUGAUAUCGAACUUGUGCAUCCUGUUAUGGAAGAGACAAUCACAAUGCGAUGGUGUUGCCGGAUGGGUCCUGCUGCAGAAAUCCAUUCAACUAGAGGGCCUUUUCCCACCGGGAGAACCUUACCUCUACAAGGAGGUGAGGGUGGCAGGGUAUGAUGAAGACUCAAAUGUGAUUGUUCUCUCUACAUAUGCUGGAGACUUCAUGCUCCAACUUGACUUGACAUGGUUUAGAACUAUUUCUGAAAGAGGAGAUUGCUGGAGCAACAAGAUCCAUUAUCCGUACAGAAAUUUCUAUAAAGCAGGUGUUAUUAUAAUUUUGUGA